GAGAAGGAAGCGAGCACCAGCUUUCGCGGAUGCUAAGCUGUUAUUACAGCUUUUUCCCCUCCCCAAUAUAUUUAAAGGUAAAAAAUAGUUUCUAGUCGGAUGGUGCUUACGGAAGGGGUGUGUUUAUUUUCGUUUGAUGCUAGAAGCUCAUGCUAACCUCUGAGCUCGGCUCUUAAUGCGCGAGACAGCUAACUGCAGUUUUAAACGUCUCGCACUGUUUUGGAGGCUCGACAGAAAGAUGCCUGGCGGUGAACCGAUGUUUUGUGCAUGUGCACACGACGGUCAAAAUGGUGUGACGUCAGUUUCCUUUGAAGCACGGCCGUGUCCGUGGCUCGCGCUCUGCAGACGUUGAUCUGAUCUGCUCGCAGGUUUGUUUAUUUAUUGGAUUGUUUUUCUUUUCCCAAAAAAUGGAUGUGGAUGAGACCGAGGCGCGUGAGGGCGCAUGGACCCCGCUGCUGCUGUGGACCGGGUUGGCUGUGCUGCUCCCGGUGCUGAUCACGCUGUGGUGCAGCGUACGGCGCUCGGAGCGCGCGGUGCGCCUCAAAGACCUGCCGCGCGCGAGCCGGCACAGCUGGCGCUACACGGACCUGUUCGGCAAGCCCACGUACUGCUGCGCGUGCAAGCUGCCCGUGCUGCACGGCGCCUUCUGCGACUGCUGCGGCGUGUGCGCGCACGAGACGUGCGCGCGGGCCGCCGAGCGCGCGCUGGCCUGCAAGGAGAUCGCCGCGCCGGCGCACGCGGAUGGACGCUUCCGCCACCGCUGGGUGCGCGGGAACGUACCGCUCGCGAGCUACUGCGCCGUGUGCAAGCAGCAGUGCGGCACGCAGCCCAAACUCUGCGACUACAGGUGUGUGUGGUGUCAGACGACGGUUCACGACGACUGCAAACCAGCUCUCGGCGAUGACGAGUGUUGCGAUUUGGGCGAGUUCCGCUCCAUCAUCAUUCCUCCCUCGUACCUGUACCAGCUGAACAAACUGCGGCGCAGACACCCGGAUGAGUACUGCAAGCUUGCAGCAGUGUGUGGAAGUGGGUGGAGCCCCCUGCUGGUGCUCGCUAACACACGCAGUGGAAACAACAUGGGCGAAGAGCUGCUCGGAGAGUUUCGAACCCUACUCAACCCGGUGCAGGUGUUUGACCUGUCUGAGAUCUCACCUUCGAAAGCUCUGCAGCUGUGCACUCUGCUGCCCCCUGGCUGUGUGUGUGUGCUGGUGUGUGGAGGAGACGGUACAGUGGGCUGGGUGCUGGAUGCCAUCGAUGCCAUGAAACAGAAGGGUCAGGAUCAGUUCAUCCCACGUGUGACCAUCCUUCCUCUCGGGACAGGGAACGACCUGUCUAACUCUCUGGGCUGGGGUUCGGGUUACGCUGGUGAGAUUCCUAUCGAGCAGGUGAUCAGGAACGUUCUGGAGGCUGAAGUGGUCAAGAUGGACAGGUGGAAAGUUCAAGUCGCCUCCAAAGGAACCUACUUCCGCAAGCCAAAGGUUUUGUCCAUGAAUAAUUAUUUCUCUGUGGGUCCAGACGCUCUGAUGGCGCUGAACUUCCAUGCACACCGCAAAAAGACGCCGUCCUUCUUCUCCAGCCGCAUCAUCAACAAGGUGGUGUAUUUUCUCUACGGAACCAAAGACUGUCUGGUGCAGGAGUGUAAAGACUUGGACAAAAGGAUUGAGUUGGAGCUGGAUGGAGAGCGGGUGCCAUUGCCCAGUCUGGAGGGCAUCAUCGUGUGCAAUAUCGGCUACUGGGGUGGAGGCUGCCGGCUGUGGGAGGGGAUGGGAGACGAGCCGUGUCCUCCAACACGGCUGGAUGAUGGGCUGCUGGAGGUGGUCGGGGUGUUUGGAUCGUUCCAUUGUGCUCAGAUCCAGGUCAAACUCGCCAACCCUGUUCGACUGGGCCAGGCACACACAGUGAGGCUGGUCCUGAAGAGCUCGCGCAUGCCGAUGCAGGUGGACGGAGAGCCGUGGGCUCAGGGCCCAUGCACCAUCACCAUCACACACAAAACUCAGGCGUUCAUGCUGUACCACAGCUCCGAGCAGACCGACGAUGAAGAGUCCAGCGCUUCGGACGCUGAAGGGCCAUCGGGAAAGCAUGCUCACGCUCCGGAGAACAGCUCAGAAUCUCAGUGAGGCUUCGGCUGCAUCCCAAAGCCAUGCAGCUGUAGCGGUCUGCUCUGGCUGCUUCAUUUAAAAUUCAUUCAUUUUUUUCACUGAAUGACAUUCACAAAUCUAAUUACAAACUGAAAGUGUAACGUUUACAGACCUGCCCACCUUCAUGCACUCUUAUCCGCUGCAAUGGAAACUGGAGUGUGUGUAUAUAUUCAGGGCUUACGUGUGCGCAUUCUAAUUAAUUAUUGUCUGUAACCCGUAUUUUCUAGAAUUAAAAGAAGGUGUGAAUGUAAACAUUUCCCGUCUCUACUAUGUCACCUAAAACAAAUACGCACACUUCUGUUUCUACCUUAGACUUGGAUUUUAUGAUUUAAUAACAUGCUAGUUUUUAGGUUAGCCUGUUUAUGUAAAUGCUAGUUUGUUGGUUACAUGCUAGCUUUUAGGUUAGCCUGUUUACUUACAAGCUAGUUUGUUGGUUAUGCACUAAUUUUUAGGUUAUCCUGUUUGCUUAAAUGUUUGUUUGUGGCUUACAUGCUAGUUUUUAGGUUAGCCUGUUUACUUAAAUGCUAGCUUGUUGGUUACACAGUAAUUUUUAGGUUAGCCUGUUUACUAACAUGCUAGUGUUCUUCUUGUAUAAUCUGGACUGCUCAUAUAUACACUGUUUUAUGGUGACCAUCAAAUGGUGGGGGGGAAGCAGCCGCUUGUCUGUUUACAUGCACACAUUUGGGGAAAAAAUUGUUACGUAGAAAUUAAUAAGAAAGUGUGUAUACACUGUAAAACCAUGUGGUGGUUACCGUCAAACCCUGUGUAUAUGCACACUCCAGAUUCUACCUGACACAAGUGGCUAUAUUGAAAAUGUCCUGGUUUUUUUUUUGUGGUGGUGUUGGUUUUUUAGCUACACAUUAUUUCCUCUGCAGGGUUGGCAGGUCUGCAUUAACAGCACUGUUUCUGAAACACUGAACAUUAUGAUGUCACGCCGUAUAAGCGAUGAUCACAUGCACUGAUUUUUGUCUCAUUAAAAACUAGCUGCAGGAGUUUUUUUUUUAAGCUUUGCAAGCAGUUUUGUGCAAUAAGAGCUUUAUGCUUAGGGCCACAGGGCAGUCAGUUAUUAUAUAUUUAUUAUAUAUUUUAUAUACGUAGUCCUGUUUGAGUCACAUGACCUUCAUUCUGCAUUGUCUGCAAUCUACAUUUCUUUCUUUUUUUUGUUUUUUUGGUCCUGAGAUUUUUUUUUUCCGUUUACAAACCUGAUGAAUGUUUGAGUUUAUGAAUUUUUCUACCACAUUAAAUACCUAAUAUUUUAGCACCAUUAACUAUAUUGUCCAAAUAUGAGUAUAAUACAUACAUAUACGUGUGUGUGUGUGUGUAUGUAUGUAUGUAUGUAUGUGUGUAUGUAUGUGUGUAUGUAUAAAUACAUAUAGGUGUAUAUAUAAAUUCAUAAUUAUUAAUGACUGCCACAUUUCAGAGAACUCGUAUAUAUUGAUAAUAAUAUAUUGCGGUUGCCAUGAUAACAAUAGUCUUAACCAAUUAUCGACACAUGUUUACUGUAAAGCUGUGAAGUCACAGGACCAAAAAAACCCUUCACCUGUAUUGUGUUGGGGUUUUUUUUUACAAAUUGUUAUUGUUUUAUUUUAUUUAUACACUGUCCUUUCCUGAUGCACUGCCAUAACUCACUGCCAUGUGUUUUAGUUGCAUUUUCCACUUACACUGUAGUAGAGGUGUGCGUGAACAUUUUAAGAACUUGCUUGGUUUUAAUUACCCAAAAUAUAUACCUAUUAGCAUAUUUAAACCAAAUUUUCUUUUAAUGAAGAUGAAUGAAUAUGGUAGUAGACGCGUACUCAAGCAAUCUGCCACAGCUUUACCGUACAUGUUUGGCGCUUGUGGGCGUGGCCUGUUCAGCAGCUUCUUUUUUUUUUUAAGUUCCUACUGAAACAUUAAUAACUACUGUAUACUGUAUAUCUUCUAAAUCUAUUUAGUCAAACACAAAUUAAAUAACACACUAAUUAGCGUGAAAAUUAGUUUGAUUUACGUGUCACAUGCUCGGCUUUGUACUAGCUUUGUUUUCAGACUAGAUUAACAAAGCAAGCUAACUUUUCUAGCUACGUACUCUCACCAGAGGCACCAACGAUCUCUGAAGAAACGUUCAGACUACACGCACUGUAGGAUUGGGCCGAGGAAUAAUUUCAUGGAUUAUUGGAUUUUUCACUUUACAGAAUUAUACCAAAUCUAAAUUAGAAAUAGCUGUUCCUGUGGGUUUUUUUUUGUUGUUGUUGUUGUUGUAAUUGAUGGUGUGCACACCUCUACUUUACAUUGAAUACAUUUGUAUUUAAUUUAACUGUCUGUCUUUCGUAUGUGUGAGGCUGUAGUGCUUCUCUUCUGGAUUUUAGACCAAAAAAGUUUGAAAAAUGUCCUAUUCUUUCCUUUCAAUAUAUUGAAUUUUAGGUUAAAAUAAUUUGCCUAACUGAGAUCUUAUCAAAGUGUGAUUACUUAAUACUAGAAAUAUAUAGAUAUAGUAGAAUAAUCACUAAACCAAUUAGCCCUAUGUGUGCCCUAUGUGAGAUUUUCUGAACGAUUACGAAUUAAUAUUUUUGGAUGUGCUAAGAUUUUGGAGUUUAGGUUAGAUUCCAUUUGGCAAAAGUGUUAUUUAUUAAACUUUUUAUUCAGUUGAAUGACUGACAAACUCAAGAAUUUGCUGUUACUUUGCAGUUCACAAGCUAUAUUAAUUCUAAAUAUGGUCAUGUAUGUAUUAUUGAAUCCAGCGAGAUCGAAAUCAUACAGUAUUCAUUUGGCAUUUAUAUCUAGUUGUUAUCUUGCCAAUAUUUUAUAUUGCUGUUCUUGUUGCAUUAAACAUCUUCAUGACACAAAGCCACAGAUGCUUUGAGAGAUUUCAUAACAGAUUGCACAAAUGUUAAUUUCUCUUUCAAAUGUUGAGAAAUUCUGAAUGUGAUUGAUGAAAUAAAGAAUGAAUGUCCAAGCAAACAGGAUUGAUGUCUUUUCCAUCAUUUCUUAAGUAUUGUGAUUAGCAGUGGUGGAAAUGGCCGAGAUACACUUG